GAUUAUUUGUCAGGUUGGCACGAACUUUCUUGUCUUCAGCAGUAUCCCCUUGCUACGGCGUCAACUCUCGCAACAUGCCCAAAUCAGAGAAGCGAGAGAAAAAGGAGAAGAAGCCAAAAGUUGAUGAUGCAGAGGUAGAGGCAGAAGCAGAAGAUGUAGAAAUGGCUGGUGUUUCGGAGUCCCCAAAAAAAGCGAAGAAGGAAAAAGAAAUAACCAUUCCAUUGGAAGAUUUGUCUCCUCUUGCACAACCAUUGGCGCAGAAAAAGCUUGUGAAAAAGCUGCACAAAACGAUCAAGAAAGCCUCCAAAGCACGGCAAGUUAAAAGAGGUGUAAAGGAAGUUGUCAAGGGCAUUCGUAAAGGGGAAAAGGGACUGCUUGUGUUGGCGGCAGAUAUCAACCCUAUAGACAUAAUAUCUCACCUCCCAGUGCUCUCAGAAGAAGCUCAGAUACCAUAUGUCUUUGUGACGUCUAAGGAGGAGCUCGGCCAUGCUAGCUCAACAAAACGACCAACAAGUUGCGUCAUGAUUUGCCCUGACCAGAAACGCAAAGUCCAGAAGAAGGAUGCUGAGGCAGAGAAGGACGAUGACUACAAAGAGUUGUAUGAGGAAUGUCGAAAAGAGGUGGCAAAGCUAGACCACAAGAUUGUAUUCUAACUUUUCCUGUGCUGGCAAUUGUGUAUUUUAUACCCCAUUAAUUAUCUUGGAUUCAUGAGUGCGCAUGAGAA